AUGGCCACCUCGCGGUAGGUUGCUGAAACUGUUUGACACGCCAAACAGCCAGAAAUAUUUUUCUCUCAAAUUUAUUGGAAAAUUCUGCCUGAAAUCAGUGUUUUAUUUGGUAAAAUUAAUGUGUGGCCAGGAGGAGGAGUGUGUUGUGUAGGUGGAAAAGUGAAAAGUUUUGGUAUAAAGUACAAAUAGUGAUAUAUUUCCAAGGGGUGGAAUCCAUCUCAAUUUCUUAUCACAAACCAUAAACACAUUACCAUAAAUGCGGAAUUUGUCUGAAAUGAAGAGUGGCCCCCUGGGAGGGAGUCUGGAGAGUGAUGUUUGAGAGAGUUGGCCUGGGCAGUUUCAGCAGCACGUAUAAAGUGAGAGGAGGCGAGCUGGCGCGCGAUAAGAAGUCGAGGACCAUUGCUGUGUCCGUCCUCUUUCUCGAUGACACAUCCCACACCUUUCCCCUCGAGAAACGCGCCAAGGGUGCCGAACUGCUAGACGCGGUUUUUAGACACCUGGAGCUCUCCGAGAGGGACUACUUCGGGCUGCAGUUUGUCCAACAAUUAGGAGAUGUUGUGACGUGGGUGGAUCCUAAUAAAUCCUUCAAGAAGCAAUGGCAAACCGUAAGAGGUGGCGAUGUCACUCCUUCCCUUUGUUUUAAAGUUAAGUUUUUCGUAACCGAUCCGAGCCGUCUUCAGGAGGAAUAUACACGAUAUCAAUUCUACCUUCAAAUAAAGCGUGAUAUUUUGCGUGGGAAACUACAAUGUUCCCUCAACACUGCCUGCCUCUUGGCUAGCUAUACCGUUCAGGCGGAACUUGGCGACUACAAUCCCAUUGAACAUGUUCCUGGAUACCUCUCUGCUCUCCAGCUGCUGGCUGAGCAGUCUGAGGAGACGGAGAAGAGGAUUUGUGAGCUACACAAACUCCACCGUGGACAACUCCCUGCGGAUGCUGAGUACAAUUACUUGGAGCAUGCUAAGAGGCUGGAUAUGUACGGAAUUGAUCUGCACAGUGCAAUGGAUAAUGACAGGAAUGAACUACAAUUGGGGGUAUCGUCUACAGGGUUAAUUGUCUUUCAAAAUGGUAUCCGGAUGAAUAUGUUUUCAUGGUCAAAGAUGGUCAAGUUAUCAUUCAAACGUAAGGAAUUCUUCAUUCAACUCCGACGAGAGAUGCCGGAAAGUUACGACACCAUCUUGGGGUUCAGUAUGAAGUCUCACAGGAAUGCAAAGUCACUGUGGAAGUCCUGCGUUGAACAUCAUUCAUUCUUUCGGCUGCAGCGUCCUCAUCGUUCUCCGCGCUUCCUGCCUCUGUCACUUGGCUCUAAAUUCUACUAUUCUGGACGUACGGAACUGCAGGCUGUGCAGGAAAGUAAGCAACGUAGCAAAGUAUCCAAGAUUUUCAUCCGAUCACCCAGCAAGAGGAUCAUUGGGUCUCCAUUGAAUGGAAGUGAAAGCAAUGGGAAAUCUUCAUCGUCCAUUAUUCUGAAGAACACCCGUCCACAUGACAAUAAAGUUACCUCCAAACAGACGACGUCCAUUCCGCGAAAGGCGUGGGAGCAGCAAAAUGACGAUGAUGGAUUCAUUGAGCAAUUGGUUAGGAAUUAUGACCUGAAGCAGCCACUGUAUGGGGAGAAUGGACAACAGGGAGAAGAUGGGCAUGUAGUGAUUCGCUUGACAGCAGAUGAACAGGGUAGAUUUGGGUUCAAUGUAAAGGGCGGAGCUGAUCUGAAAUUGCCAGUAUUGGUGUCUAGAGUGGCUCCUCAUACUCCAGCUGAUAGGAGCAAUCCUCGUGUUCGCGAGGGUGAUCAGGUGAUAAUGAUCAAUGGAUAUGACAUCAGUGGACUCAAGCAUGAUCAGAUUGUGGCAUUGAUUCGAGCUUCGAGGGAGUAUCGCGGUGGUGAAUUGACACUCACCAUCAAGCCUCAAGCCCAUGGUGAUAUGAUCGAGGAGGAACCAAUUUGUCUGUACGUCCCAGAGAGCGAUGGUGUUCAACUUGAGGGAGAUGCUCUCUUCAAUCAAUCCCUCCUUCUUCUCAGUGAUGGAUUAGCUUCGGGAGCUCUUUUGGCCCAGUAUGAGCAGAUGUACAGAAAAAAUGCCGAUUUGGCCAUUUCAGAAGCCAGAAAACCUGAGAAUGCAGCUAAAAAUCGAUACAGAGAUAUUUCACCAUAUGACUGUACUCGGGUUGUCCUUAUCAAUUCCUCUUCCGGAGACUACAUCAAUGCCAAUUAUGUGAAUAUGGAGAUUCCAGGAGGAACGGUAAAUAGGUAUAUUGCAACUCAGGGUCCGUUGUCGAAUACCACGACAGAUUUCUGGCGAAUGGUUCAGCAGGAGAGUAGUCAUUUGGUCGUGAUGUUGACCACCGUGAUGGAGAGGGGACGGCCAAAAUGCCAUCAGUAUUGGCCACUCGCAGGAGAUACCUUAGAGCUGACUGAGGGAUUUUCCAUUCAGUGCAAGAGCGAAACUGCAGAUGAAACAGGGAGUUUUGUCUUCAGAGAACUCUAUCUAUGUGAUACAAAGACUGACGAGAAGAGAUUGAUUCAGCACAUGCAGUAUUUAGCAUGGCCAGAUCAUGGUGUUCCGUCAGAUCCCAAUCUCUUUCUCCAGUUCACAGAGAGGGUUCGUUCGGCCAGGAGUACGACUCUUUUGCAGGAAAUUGAAGAAAGUUUGCGGCAGGUGCGUCUUAUGGACGCUGAUGCAGAUGAGAAUGGUGUGGAUAUUUGCGAAAGGAAGUCAGCUACGGGAAUUGACGAUGACAGUCCAGAUGAUAUUCCGCCAUCCACGAGUGUUCAUCAGUACAUUAGUGCAGCCAAUCCACCUGUAAUUGUACACUGUUCAGCUGGAAUUGGACGAACUGGUGUGCUAAUUCUCAUGGACACGGCUCUGGCUCUAAUGGAACAGCGAGAGCCUGUCUAUCCUCUUGACAUCGUUCAAACGAUGAGAGAUCAGAGAGCUUGUAUGGUUCAGAAUGCUGUAAGAUUAUUUUCAAAAUUUCCUUUUCCCUUAAUUUUUUUUCUUGAUAUUACUGGCAAAUAUUUUUAUCUUUACAGGGUCAGUAUAGAUUUGUUUGUGAGUGUAUUUGUGCAGCUUAUGCCAAAAUGGCAACGGAAUCACAUCAGUAAUUCUAAUUUAAUAUUUACAAAAUAAGAAAGAAAAACAAGAGAUACAAGAAACAGAAAACAAUAUCUACAUCUAGUAGAAAUAUAGUAAUAUCUAAUAUUUGAGAGAUGCUGAAGAAAAAAAAAUGGUAUUUAAUAUUUUUAACAAAUUAUAUCCAAUGUAUUUAUGUAAUAUUUUAAAAAAAUACAAUGAAACACAUCCCUUUUCGAGUGUCUAUCUCUUACAGUGAAAUCCUUUUUAUACCGAACUCGAUUCAAUAUUAAAAAAAUAACUAUCGAGUAAUACAAACCUUUGUACUGUGACUUCACGAUGUGAAGCAACAAAAAUAGUGUAUUGCAAAUAUACCUAUAUAGAAAUUCAUCCUAGAAAA